GGAGUUGAGCCCUGGGGUUUUCUCUUCUUUUCUACCUCCUCCCGCAUCUCUUGCAGAUCGUCCUGUUUGUCUUAUCUCUUGGAUAUCUUCCCUAUAUAAUACUUCGUUUUGUGCAAUACCCUUUUUCAUCAUGGCGUCCAAACCUGUUAACGACCUGGCUCACUUUGUCCACAACAAUACCACUGCCCCCGCGCACCCUAGCCUCCUCGGGAUGUUCUCUCUGAAGGGCAAGACUGCUAUUGUCACCGGUGCCGGUGCCGGUAUUGGUCUGUCCGUCUCCCAGGGUCUUGCGGAAGCCGGCGCCAACGUUGCCAUGCUGUGGAAUACCAACGAUAAGUGUCCUCAGCGGGCGUCGGAGGUUGCCUCUACGUAUGGUGUUCAGACCAAGGCUUAUCAGGUCGACAUCACGAAUGCCGAGGCUGUACAGAAGACUGUCGACCAGGUCGUGAAGGACUUCAACGGCCGCCUGGACGUCUUCAUUGCCAACGCCGGUAUCCCCUGGACCAAAGGCCCCAUGGUCGAUGGCCCCCUCGACCACCACACGAGCGUCGUUGACAUCGACUUCAACGGUACCUUUUAUUGCGCCCGGGCUGCAGCUGCGCACUGGAGAAGACAGAAGGAGGAGGGAACCGACCUGAACGGCAACAAGCUUAGCAACUUCACCUACGGCAGCUUCGUGGCUACUGCUUCCAUGAGUGGACACAUUGUCAAUUUCCCUCAAAUGCAGGCCACCUACAACGCCGCUAAAUCCGCCGUCAUCCAUCUCUGCAAGUCCCUCGCCGUCGAGUGGGUCAAGUUUGCCCGUGCCAACACCGUUUCCCCCGGUUACAUCGCGACGGAGAUCUCCAAUUUCGUACCCAAGGAGGUCAAGGACCUCUGGCGCGAUAAGAUCCCCAUGGGCCGCGAGGGUCAGCCCGAGGAGCUCAAGGGCGCCUACCUUUACCUGGCGUCGGAUGCGUCCACCUACACCACGGGAGCCGAUCUUGUGGUUGACGGAGGAUACUGCGCUCCGUAAAUUAUUAUCUAGAGUUUUCGGAAGGAUGGUUUAAAAAAUUUGGUUAUUUGG